UUGUUUCCCUGAAGGCAACUCGGGCCUUUUCUCCUGUGUGACGUGUUUAACCUGUUGAGAUGGAGGAAAGUCGUCAGGCUGUAGAGCUGGCCUGCCCUGGGCCAUGUGUAGCAGGCAUGGAGGGGAACAUCAGUGGAAAGGUGUUUGAAGUAGCGCUGCAAAAUGACUCCAAGUCCAAAAACAGCCCUCAGUUUGUUGGUGUAGAGCUUUUGCAGUCCUUUAAGCUUCUCAUCAUCCCCUGCUACGCCUUGGUGGUGCUGAUUGGCGUGUUUGGCAACUAUUUGUUGCUCUACAUCAUCUGCCACACCCGCAAGAUGCACAACGUCACCAACUUUUUUAUAGGAAACCUGGCUUUCUCCGACAUGCUGAUGUGUGCCACUUGCAUCCCCUUCACCCUGGCCUAUGCCUUUAACCCCCGCGGCUGGGUUUUUGGGAGGUUCAUGUGUUACUUGGUUUACCUCAUCCAGCCAGUGACCGUCUAUGUGUCUGUGUUCACUUUCACAGCUAUUGGUGUUGACAGAUAUUACGCCACUGUUCACCCACUUAAGAAGCGGAUAUCAGUGCUGGCUUGUACAUACCUCCUAUCUGGGAUCUGGUUGCUCUCCUGCGGGCUUGUGGCCCCAGCUGUGGCCCAUACAUACCACGUGGAGUUCAAGAAUGAAGGCUUCACCAUCUGUGAGGAGUUCUGGAUGGGCAAGGAGAGAGAGCGGUUAGCUUAUGCAUACGGCACGCUUUUCCUGACCUACGUUCUGCCUCUGUCCGCCCUCUGCAUCUCUUACUUCUGCAUCUCCGUCAAGCUGCGUACCUGUGUGGUGCCCGGCCACCGCACCCAGAGCCAGGCUGAAGCCCAGCGAGCACGCAAGCGCAAGACCUUCCGCCUGGUCACCCUGGUAGUGGUGGCCUUUGGCGUGUGCUGGAUGCCCAUCAGCGUGUUCAAUGUGCUGCGGGAUAUUGACAUCGAUCUGAUUGACAAACGCUACUUCCUGCUCAUACAGCUGCUGUGCCACUUGUGCGCCAUGAGCUCGUCCUGCUGUAACCCCUUCCUGUACGCCUGGCUACAUGACCGUUUUCGUACUGAACUGCGGAAGAUGUUCACCUGCCACCACCGAAUCGGCAUUCCUGCCAACAACUGUGCCACAAACAGUGUGGUUCUGUGAACCACUUCUUGCACUACAACGUUUUAGUAGAUGUGUACAAAGAAUGCCCCAUUGUAUUCGGUCCCCAUUUAUCAAGCGCACGGCACCAAC